UAGUCAUCUGUUCUACUUCCUGUUGCUUGGAUCUCCCUCAGGAGAAGAUGGGGCCAACUCUAAGCAGCAGAUCCACGGGGGCAGGACACUGGAAUCCUGGCUGACAAUAUUGAGGUCUUUCAAGAUUCCAGAAUGCUUCAGGGCCAGUUAUGCCUUCUGUUGUUUGACACCAGAGUCCCAUAGCACCACCCUCUUCAUAAAGAGUCUCUUUAAGUGACUGUGGAAAACACCUUUCCCUGGGGAUCACCAGCCCAUUUUCAGCUCAGGGUCAGCUCAUGGGUAUGAUACCAAAAGAUCCAUCUUCCCUCAAAGGAAUCCCAGGAACAUUGGAGAUCUUAGGGUUGGCUAAGCCUUAUACCGAUCACCUAGUCAAUGGUCCUGGAUUUCACUAGAGCCCCUACUCGAAGAUCCUGAGAACAGAACAAGGUGGGGGAAGUGUGGAAGGAAAAGUAAGAGAAAUGGAGAAAGGAGGAGAUUGGAGAUGGCAGUACUAACAGCUUGGUAACUUUGCUGAGGGCCUGACUUUGUGGAAGUUAUCCUUGACUGGGUCAUUAUCCAAGACACCAUCCUUCACCAACAGUGCUAAUUCUUGAUCAGACGACUCUCUCAGCCUCCGAGGGGAACCCCUAGAUGGAUUCGGCUGCCACUUCCUCCUCAUCAGAUCUUUUCGCUGAUGUGUCCUUGGCCUGGGCCAGCCUUCAAAGAGCCAGGCAUGUGCUACAGCUGAUGGAGAGUGAACUGGACAUAUCCAGCUGGCAUAGGUCCAGCAGCCACAGUUGCAGGACCCUUGAUGCUGAGCAAGAGAACUCGAUCUUUUGGGAAGACUGCAAUGAUUCUAGCUCUCUUCAUGGCAAAUUGAGAGUGCCUCAUUUUUCCAAGGACCACAGUGUGGCAACUACAUCUUUACCGUCCAGCGUCUUACAUGAGUCAGUUAUUUUCAGAGAAGAACCAGAUGGCAAUAUAAUGACUUAUGGUAGACAGGUGACUCAUCUAGAUCCUGACACCUUUGACCCAAUGAGGGAAGAGGAGGACUUUAACUACCAACUUGAACUAGAAAGAGAGUGUGCAGCAAAUGAUCAGUCUUCUGGGUUGCCACUCUUUAUUUCUGUUCCUUCAGGAGACUAUCAUCACUUCUUGACCCCUCUGAAAAGUAGCCAAUGGAGGGAAAAGUCAUUUCCGUCUCUUGACUCCUCUGCCAAUCUUCAGAGAUGGCCCUUGGCAGGCAUAAAGAGAUCUUUCCCUGACUCACGGCUGGAGCAGGUGAGAGAGAGGAUCCAGUUACAGAAGCAUCGACAUUCUAACGUUUUCCCUUCCUCCCUCCAAGUUCGUUCUUGUACCCCUCACUCUCUGUUCUGCAAGCACGUGCCAAAAAGAAAUGUCUCCAAAAUGAAGUAUGCUGCUUCAGAAUCAGCAUAUCCAUGCCACAACAGUCCAGAUCACUGUGCUACUCACCACACAGUCUCCUAUAAACUUACUCCAAAGAGAAAAGCCUACAAAGUAAGAUUUGCAGCAUCACCUUCAGCACUCUCAUGUCAAAAGGAACAAACUAAAGCGAGUCAGACUUCCUGUGGAUCUUCUCGGACAUCCUCCCCUUGCAGUAGAAGAUCUUCAAAAAGUCAGGAUGCUAAGCCGGCUGGUGUUUCUGCAUGGAGAAAGGGACAGAGGCUUGCGAGGCUCCUUCUUGGGCCCCCUCCCACGUUUCCCCAGAUCCAGAAUCGGGCCCUCUCCGGAGGCCUAGCCACCACAAAGGAGUCAGGACUGGCAGAGAAAACUGAAAAAGAUGAACAUAUACCAUGUUCUGCUCCAUGUGUAGACAUCCAGAAAGGAGCUGAGUCUCUCCCUGAAAACUCCCAGGUCUGUUCAGAAACUUCAGCAACAGUGACCUGUAGUAAUUCUGAACCAAUCCAAGCUAUCUUGAAUCUUUUGAGAACUCUUCAGUCAUCUAUUCAGGACAAGGGAAAUAAAAGAAGAUCACGAUCCCAGUCUCCAAAGGGCAUAUCUACCAAGAAAGCAGGUGAAUCGGUAUGGCAUUCAAAACCUCAAAAUAACGCAGGGAGAAGAAGGAAUCUCCAAUCUGCCUCAGAAGGGAAGAACCUCCCUUCAAAGACGGGUGAUUCUGGGGCACGGAAGUCAAGUGAAAAAGAAAAUGCCAGCCCAGGGACCCAUCGAAGGACAAAUGGGAAUGCCCCUCGGCAGUAUUCCUUUGCAGAAAUCCAGGAAUUCAUGACUCAGAAAGCAAAUGAAAGAAAGAGAAGAUGCCUUGAAGCCAAAGCAUCUGCUAAGAAAGCUUCAGAACUGAGAGAUAAGAACUUGCUGGAAGUGUAUAGGAAGCAGAGAGAAGUUUUAUCCAAGAAGAACAAUGCCAGAGUAUCACAAAUGCCAUCUAAGUCCAGUUCUGCUGUACCCCACCUUUCUAAAGCCCAGGCAGCCAAGGAAAGCCAAAAGGAAGCAGCUCUAGAGCAUGAAAAGCAGCUAACAGUGACUGUGGCGGGUAACAAAGAGCUUCAAGACAAAACUUCCAGGAGAACUAAUAUUCCAUUCACAACUGAGAUUUCUGAAAGUGCUAUUAACUCCCCUUUGCUGAUCUCCAUAAGUAUAUCCCCUGGGCCCAUGAAACAGCAAGAUGUCAUCUCUGGUCCUUUACCUCCAACUGUGGAUCUUCAGUUAAGUCCAGUUGAGAACCUGGAGAAGAUUCAGGUUUCUGAGGGGCCGAGCAAAAAAUCAAGCCCUUCAUCCUCUCAACACAAGGAGGAUAGGAUCCGGAUUCUUGAAGCCACUGCUCAGAUGCUGAAGGAGAGAAUUGAAUGCAUGACUGAGAAGCUAAACUCUCCAGGAGUGUGUGGCAUGCCCAGUCACAAUUUGGAAAAGGGCAUGGAUGUGCAGAGCACUGAUCCCGCACCAGCUCAGGAAUACCCCUCCAUCCCUCAACGAUCAUUUCAUGGCCCCCAUGCAUUUCAGCAAUCUUCUAGCCAACCUGCCUCAGGGACCCCUGAAGGGCCUGGGGUGGAAGUAACUGACCCCCUUGGCAAAAAGAAAGGAAAGACUCAGGAAAGUGGAAAAGAUGUGGUAGAAAUGGAAACAAAACCUGCAGAUGGCCAUAUAAUACUCAGUGAAAACCCAGAAUUGAAUAAGGCUGAGGAUAUAAUAAAACCUAGUCUCAAAGAUUCUACUCUGACUGAGGAUCCAGAAGUGAAAAAGAGGGUACCAAAACAAAGGAAGAUCAAAUUUAAAAAUCCUGCUCCCUUCCCGAGAAGGGUCUCAAAAACCUCACCAACUAGGAAAAGUUCUCCAGAUGUUCACGUUUAUGUGUCUCCCAGUCCAAGGAAAGAAUCUGAAAAGCAAGCCAGCUUCAUUGAUUUUUCUGCAACUCAGAAGGUGGAAGAAUUGACUGGAUUUUCUCUUAGAGAUCCUGAGGCUACAGGGGAUACCAAGACACAAGCUCUUCAUGCCAAAGCAACUGAGGUUUUAAACUUCUCAAACAAACAUACAGGUGAAGAAAAUGAAGUUGUGGGGAGUGAAAGAAUUGCUCAAGGUCAAACUGUUCCAGGAGAACACUUCGAAAUUUGUAGAGUCGUAACCCAAGAAUGGCAGGCUCAAAGCUCUGCUCGAUACCAAGGGGAAAAUAAAAAUUACAACAAAAUUUUUGAUGAUGUCUGCAUCAGCUAUCUAAACAGUGUACGACAGAAAUCUCUUAGCUUUCUUCAGAAACUGAAGUUGCAUCAGAUGAAACAGGAGAAAGAGUUAGAAUUUCUGAAGCAGAAAGCAGAACUGGAAGCUCAAGAAACUCAGAAAUCUUUGGAUGAAUUGCUCUUUAGAAAUAAUUUAAAGCAAAGUUUAUAUGACAACUACAUCCAUAAAAGCGAACUAGAUAAAGGAGAAAAAUGGAAGAUGCCAACGACCCAUGGAGACCUGGAAUCUAAAGUAUGUCUAACCAGACCAUCACCUAAGAGCAGAACAUAUUGCAGCAGACCCAACAGUCCAACAAUUGCCACCUGGGAAAGUGAACCAAGGAGAAAUAUAUUGGGUAGCACAGAAGCUGAUAGGGAAACAGUGAAGCAAGGCAGUCCCAGCACAUCCCACACCACUGCGUGGUCCUCAUCAGCUGCUGGUUACUCAAGUAGCAAGGCAUUUUCUGGCGAAGAACUCACAGACAGCAGCCAGAAAGAAGAAAUCAAUCAGACUAGCUAUUUUGAUGGUUUCAACCAGAGGCCGACCGAUCAGUAUGUAAGGGAAGAAGAACCGAGUACUCAGUACCACACAACCCUUUUUAAGCUUCGGGAGAAAGCCCUGGAAGAUAAAAUUACAGCUGAAUUGGCAUGGAUAGAGCAACAGAAAGAAUGUUUGGAGGACAAAGGAAACUACAGUUUAAUGACUGAAGAUCAGCACAAAAGCCUAACAGAUCUGCAGCCAGAACAGUUUUCUAAUCCCUGGUCAGAAGCUAAAGAAGACCAGAAGCCUGAAGCUGAGAAAGUCUACAGAUCCGAGUGGCUGGUCAGGAGUUCAGAGGACAUGAUGACCUCAACUUCAUCUGAUACAGGAAGAUCAGUUUCAUUCUUACCUGACCCUGGGGAAAACCUGAAAUGCCUUCUUGCUGAGAGGGAGAUCCGGGGGCUUCCUGAUGAGGACUCAUGCCUACAGCCACAGUGGCUGAAGGGGGGCAAGGACAGAUCAAUGGUCAGUAACAUGCUUGACCACAGGGAUCAAACUCUGGGCCAGUUCGUGAAGAGUGACGACCAGGAAAAUAAAGAGCCUGCUGAACAGUACUGUCCUAUUUGGCAAUAUCGACAGCAUGAAAGCUCUUUGGAAAUCAAACAAGAUUCGUAUCAGGUCUUUGCUAAACCAACUGAAAGGGCAAAGGAAUGUAGUUCAAUGAUUGAACUUAAGCCUGAUGUUGUGGAAAAAAGACCUCCAAGUGAAGUUAUAAAAGGCUCAUUAGCAAGAGGCAAGAGUUGUGUAGAGACACAAAAAAAUGAGCUAAAUUGUUCAACAUUGGAAAGAAGUUCAGCUGAACAGGAAGAACAAUCCUCUCAUCAGGAGGACAGUGUUAUUUACAAUAGAAAAAACCAGGUCCCAGAACAGGGCUCAGAUGUCAUUAAGAGGCCAAUAGUUGAACCACAAGAGAAGAAAAGUCAAGAAGGAAAACAGAGAAUGAAGGUGGAAUCUAAAGAAGUUGAGCUGGAAAUUGUCCAGACACACCAUAUCUCUGCUCCUCAAGAAUGCAAAAAAGAUCAAGAGAAGAAAUCAGAGUAUAUUCAGUAUGAUGAAAACCACUUGCAUAAGUGUGAUACCAAUCCAGCUGACUCCUUAGAAUCAGAAUCUUUUCUCAGUACCUGUUUAGAAUCUAUCUCUAUAGACACAUUAAUAUCACCAUGUGACUCAUCUUCAGAUUUAGAGAGUUGUCAAUCAUAUCCAUCCUUUUCUGAAUUUCAGAAAGUGACGGCCUUUUUAGUUAAUGUUUCAGAAAGUUUGAUUUCAGGGAGUGACUCAGAAGCUGAGGGUGCACAAAACACAGAUGUCAAUGAAUGGCAGGAGUUCACUGAUCAACAACCAUUGAAUGAGCUUUCUAGUCCUUUGUCUAAUCCUUUAGCAAUCCCAAGUAAAGGAGAUGGAUUGACUUCAGUGGUUAACAGUGAUGAGAAACAGCCUGAUAAUGAUUUCCCUUUUGAAAACUGCCAAGACUUCCCAGAGACACAAGAAAAUAACAAUAUUUCAACUAAUGACUCUCCUUCUGAAUCUAAUGUGAGUUUGCCUGGCAGCAGGAAACAAAACCCAAACCUUUCCUACACAGAGUUACCAUUGUCUCAAGACACACCCUACCUAAAAUUGAGUGAUAUACUUUCAAUGGCUCCAUAUGUGGGGCUAAAUGAGGAUAAAGAAAAGAUUUGUUCAGGCCAUAAAGUUUGUGUUGAAUCCAUAUUCACUUCCUCUUCAUCCUUGGAUGACAUUUCACAGAUAGAUAAUUUGGAACAUAAAGGUCCUGUAUUUCCCCUUGACUCAGGAAAAGAUCAGAAAGAUUUGGGGGUCAAAGAUGUUUUGUUGGAUGAGAAAAGCAAAAAAGAAGCUAAAUUUCCUCUCCCAGAAAUCUCUGUGUCAUUUCCACCCCCAAACCUGGAAAUAAAUUGCCAACCGCUUUCACUGCCUUUUGAAAUAUCACAGAGAAAACAAAACUUGUCAGUCAAAAAAGCCAAACCUGCACGUGGAGAAAAUCCAGAAGAAGGACCUAUUUCUGACAAUGUUAGUAAAUGUGCCUUUCAGCAGUUGUCAACUGACUUCAACCGUGUGCCUGCUAAACCUAGUCCCAGGAUCUUUCAAGAUGAGAAAAUUGUUCAGUCAAGGGAUGAGCACUGGGUAGAUGAAUCUGAUAUACAGCAGAGAACUUCAGGAGGUCAUAAGAUGGUAAUUUCUCUUUCUGGGUCACCCAGUAUGCUAGUUCCCCAGACUGAGAACUGCCCAGCUGUGAGGGCUGAUGUCCCCAUACAUACUAAAGGAGAUGGUCUGCCUCUUCUCCAUGGUGGUACCUUGUCUGAAAUACCAUCCCCUGUUGAUGAAGUGCUUUCUUAUGGAAGUGAUGGUCUCCCAUCUCCAACCCAGAAGGAUUCCUUUUUCCCCAGUGAAGAUUUCCCUUCUCCUCCUCCUGACCUUGUGCUUUGGACAAAUGGUGGUGAUAUUGACUUCAAUUUAGAAGAUUUCCCUUCUCUGUCAGAAGAAAUGGUAUUUCCAGAAAGUUCAAAGAAUGUCCAAGAUGAAAAUUCAUCCAUUCAGUCUAGCCAGUUAUCUUCUUUAUCUGAUGAGAUAUUGCCAGAGGAAUUUUCUCCAGUACCUCUGGAUUUGGGGAAUUCUUACUUAGUAGUGGAUGGGCACUCACUGGGAUGGGAUGGAAAGAGAGAUAACAAUUUAGAUAGGAAAGAGGAACGGUUGAGUCCUGAACUACAGCCAAGUGUCAAAAUAAAUAAAAAACUGAGUUGCUGCUCCAGUCUUCCUUUGUCUAGAAAUCUAGAAGCAUCAUUCUUUAAACCAUCCAACAAUGAAGAUGGGAAUGAUCCACUGGUAUUGCAUGAUACAGGGAACAGAGUACUGCUGACAUACACACAACCAAAAACUCUGAAAUUCAAAGAGACAAGCCAUUUUGAAGAAAAGUAUUGGACUGAUGUGAUAUUUGAUAAAGCAAAGAAUGACCACAAAGAAAACUUGGAAAGAGUUAAGUAUUCAGAGUGUGACAUGGAUUACAGUGAGUUUUUUAGAUCAGAUCAAACAUCACACCUUUUGACAGACUGUUCAGAAAAGUCAAGUGACCAUAAUGACCAAGAUUCACUUCAUUAUGAACCAUCUUUAAGGAGUGGCAAAUGCCAUGAUGAGGUCAAGGGGGAAUACCAAUUUUUAGAGAGAAAUACAGAAACAAAGUUUAAUCAAAGAGACAGCUCAGUGGCAUCAAUAGCCACUCAUCCUGAAACUCUGACAUUCCAACCUAUGGAAAUGGAGGCCUGCUUUAUCCAUGCUCAGUCUGAAUCUCAACAACUCUUUAGUAAUGAUUCCUCAGGAUGUUUAAGUAGCCAAAAAGAACAAAAGCUUAUGGCACCUAUAAAAAAUGAGGCUGAUAUAUUACUGGAAGAAGAUGUACAUCCAAUGGAAGAGAAAGAAAUCAACUUUAAAAAUAGUGUUAUGGGCUCCCAAAAUGAUCCCAGGCAAAAACCACAUGGAAUCGUAGAUUCAGUAUCCACUGAACUAACCAAAAAAAUCCUGUGGGAUGCUUUAGCUGUAUAUGCAAAGCUUACCAGACAGCAGAAUGUUUCCCUGUCCAUCAACCACUGUGUAACUCCUACUGAUGGGGAGAAGAUCACUAUGAAAACAAAACUGCUGACAAUGCCCUCUCCAAUUAUAGCAGACACUGCUUCUACAGACCACCCAGAUGUCAGUGAUACAGAAAAGGGAAAAAUAGAACUCUGACAAUGGAUGAAGCCAGUCAGACUAAAUGGGUGUUAGAAGGUGGGGUGGGGAGAAGGAGACAGUCAUGAUGUGAAUUCCUUUAAGAAGCCAUAAUGAUUUUUUAAAAAAUCCUACUUGUAACUUUUUAUCACAAGUUUAAAUUUCCUGCCUUUCUUAGGAUGGAAAAAAACACAUAUUAUAACUAAACUGUUGACAAGUGCUAUGAAAAAUGGGAAAAUGCAAAUGUGUUUGAGGGUCACAUAAUAUGCUGGCCCAAAGAUUAGGCAGAUAUCAGGAAUUGGGUUUUUGAGAUACAUAAAAACCAGAAGAAAAGAACAUGAUAUAUUUAGAAAUGGAAUGAGUGUCAAUUAAGGCAAUUCCAAAGUAAAUUAAAAGGGUUCAGCUUCAAGAGCAGGUGUUCUUAACCUUUUUGUAUGUGUAUAAUGGAUCCCUUUAGUAGUAUAGUGAAGUUCAUGGACACCCUUUUCAGAAUAAUGUUUUUAAAUUAUUGAAGGAAAGUUAGUGAAGAUAAUGAUAUAAUUUUUUUAAUUCAAGUUAACUAUUUCUUUGAAAACUAUCCAUGGAUACCUUGGGGUUUGGAGGAUCCCAGGUUAAGAACUACUAUUCUAUAGUGAACAAGGCAACUAGGAAUUUAUAAUGGUGUCAGAAAAAUAUAGAUAUAUUAUAACUAGGAAAAAAGAAAAUUAUAACUUUGUAGUUGUUUUUUUUUUAAUAUUCAGAAUGAAACAAAUGUAACCACAGAAGUUGAAUAGGCAAAUUCACAGUUGAAAGACCUAGGCCCUGGCUACCUGUGUGAUUUUGAGGACCAUUUAUUACUGUAGCUAUAAUCAGAUUUUUAUUGAAUUCAUUAAUUUCCUUUGAACUUCUAUUUUCCUCCAUUCAUUUCUAGUGACCUAUAUAGUAUUAUGAAAAUAACCCUUGCUUAUAGGAAUUAUAUUAUUCUCCUAAAUUUCACAGACUAACUGGAAACAAAUACAAAUUGCUAUUUCUACACAUAGUACUUUAUGAGCAAGGCAGAGUAAAAUCUGGAGAAUAAUAAUACCCCCCCCAAAAAAAGGUAAAUCUUUCUAUUUUUUUCAUGUUGUUAAAUAAGCUAUUUACUAGGAAAAUGCAUUUUUCUGUAGACCUGAUAUAUAGUCUCAAAUCAGUAUAUUAGUGAUAUGUUUUUGGUGACAAGGGUUUGAAAUCUGAAAUGGUUCUAAAAGAUAGAAUGCUUUAAUGAGCAGGAAAAUCUUAUUUCUAGGCUUUAUUAACAUAGCUCUACAUGAUAUGAAAUGUUUCCUUGUUUGAACCUGACAAGUAGUUCAGACUAGCACUUGUAAGAUGAAAUCCCAGUUCACAUAUUAGUAUUGGGGAAUAAAUUAAGAAUGAGAUCCCCAUACCAAGGAAAAACACUUCCAGUAGACAUAAACAAUUCAAAUAUUAUGAAGCCACAAUCAGGAUCACACAUAAUCUGCCAUCUUUUCCUUUAAAUGAGUAGAGGACUUGGAAUAUGAUUUUCUAGUAUCUACCCCCCCCCAAAAAAAAAAACAACAAAAAGAAUGAACAGUUAAUCAGAAUUUUCCAAUGGUGUUGAUGGGCUACUGUUUUUUUUCCUCUAGUGCAAGAGUCACAAAAUUUUUACACAGGGGGCCAGUUCACUGUCCCUCAGACCGUUGGAGGGCCAGACUAUUAAAAAAAAACAAAAACUAGGAACAAAUCCCUAUGCACACUGCACAUAUUUUAUUUUAAAGUAAAAAAAAAAAUGGGAACAAAUACAAUAUUUAAAAUAAAGAACAAGUAAAUUUAAAUCAACAAACUGACAACAUAAUGGCAUAGGGGCAUUAUGUUGUAUGUCUAGGGGAGUGUGAGGGCCAUUGUACUACCAUGUUUCCCCGAAAAUAAGACACUGUCUUAUAUUAAUUUGACCCAAAAAAAAAACAGGGGGUGUCUUAUAAAACACCCAGUGGCAGUGGUACGCUUCUCACAGUAGAGGCCCACUGCUGAUGUCAAGGCCAUAUCACCACUAUCCAAUGCCUGUAUACAGUACUGGAGGCAGUGCUGGGCCUGUGACACUGUAUACGGCUGUCUGGGAUAGCAGAGGCUGCAGCGCUGGCUGGGAUGGGCCUGUCACACCUUGCACAGGCCCAUCACUGCCACCACUAUACUGGGCAGCAGUAUACACAGUGCGGAAUCCCCUCCCCCACUCACUGCUCACCAUGCUGACAUCUUCCAUUGUGCAGCCACAUAAUCCUUUGAGUGGUGCCUCGCUCUUGUUCAGUUACUCUCAGAACAAGGCGCCAUGCAAAGGAUUAUGUCACUGGAAGUAGUACUAUAAGUGAGCGAUGCCACGCUUUGUGGCGCUGCUACAUAUAGUACUCCAGGAGCACAGGAUGUGGAUGCAUCCUGUGUUCCUCUCACUGGCCACCAAUGAAAGAGGUGCCCCUUCCAGUAGGGGCAGGAUAAAUGGCCUCCGGGGGCCACAUGUGGCCCACAGGCCAUAGUUUGGGGACCCCUGCCCUAGUGAAUACCAAAGUUUUAUCAUUUAUCAGACCACUCUAAAAUCCCCUGGUUGGCAGAAAUAUGAAUUUCCAAGUCAGCCUAUAGAGACAGGCUAUCCACUAGGUAGUCAGAAGCCUGUUUUCAGUUUGCUGAUAAGAACAUGUUCUAUCUUAAUUCUGUCUUCAUAGUCUUGCCUCUUUUAUGAGACUCAGUCUCUCUUCUUAAAAAUAACAAUGCCUUUUCCUAAUGGCGGAAUAUUAUUAGCCUUCCAGUGAAUUGACAAUGAAAUAAACACAUUGCAAGAGAUUUUUCAUAGGCAUUUCUUGCAGCAACUGCCAUUUCUGCAAAUAUCUAUAUUUGUAUGUAAAAAGUCUCCCUCCACCUUUACAAUUACUUCUUUUCUUGGUACAAAUAUUUAAAUAGGGAUGUUAGGAAGUGACUGCUUAUUUAAUAAUAAAGAGGAUUUCCUGAAGAAAGAUCCACAAGAUGAUUAACUAUGUGAACUAAAUAAUACUGGCCCCAGAACAUUGUUUUGGGGUAAUCAUGGGAAGGGCAAAAGAAAUACUCAAAGGAUAUGUGUUAGUAGAAGUGUUUUCCAAUAUUGCCAGAGAUAUAACAUAUGAGGAAAAAAGUGAGGAGAAAUUAAGGACUGGUGGCAGAUUCUCAGAGAGAGACACAUAAACAUGACCUUCAGAUAAUUAAUUUAGUUAUAAACACAAGUGAUUUUAGAGUAGCUUUAUUAUGGACAGGCAUAGUGGGAACAGGAACCAGUGUUCAUAUGUUGCUCUUUUAGCCACAUCUAUAUACACACACCAUCAACAAUUGUCAGAUAUGGGCAUGAGAAAUAGCAAUAUAGUCUAGAAUGCUAUUCUUGAUUUUUGAAGAUGACUAACUGGUUAUGGUGGGAAGCUAUAGGAUGAGCCAUUUAAAGAAACAAAAAGACUAAAUCAAGAACAAUUAUCUCCACAUUGUGAAUACUACUGCCAAAAAUAAGAAGAAAGUAAAAAAUCCCAUCCAAAAUACACAUGGCUUUAAAAAAAAUCUUAGUGGUUAUGGUCUGAAAUGUGAGGAAAUGACUCAUCGAAAGUGCAUGCUUAUGCUUAAUGGAUUUUUAAAAAUUAUGGGAGCUCAUUUAGACAAUAAGGAACACAAGCCAGGUAUUAUUUGUUUUGACUGAUAAAAAAAGUGUCCCUGAAGAGUGGUGUGUAAAUCUAAUAUUUGUAUAAUAUUUCAUAUACCCUGAGCUAGUUUUUUACCUGCUAGUCCCUUAUAAAGUGAAGAAUCAUUUUGUAAUUUGAAUGGUAACCUUUCUCUUAACUCCUUGGAUUCUGAUUCUGGCAUGCUAUAAUAAUUUGUAGUGAGAUUGUGGCACCUUUGUAUAUUAAGUUUCUUUACAAUGAGGUUUUCCUCAUUCAAUUAGAAAUUUACUGGGGGGACAAUAGACAAAAGAAGUCUUAAAUCAUAGAAUGCCAGAACUAUAAGACACUUAUGGGUUCAUCUUCUCUACCCCCCCUCAUUUUAUAGAAGGUUGCAAGUGGAAGUCCAUGGUAUCAAAGGGACUUCUGCAAGGCUACACAGUGGCAGUUUAAUAUUAUUUAUAUAUGGUACAUGAUUGAGACUUUUUAUAAAAUUAAUGUAUUAAUAAUUCAGAGAAUUUUAUUUAAAUACUACCAGAUAAAGUAAUGAAUGUGAAGUGUAUACAUAAAUAUUGAAAAUAAAAUUUAAAGUUCAAAUUUUAAAUUACUGAAAAAUGUUAAUCUAUCUAUAAAAUUUGAAAAUGUAGGUACUUUGAGCUAUAGCUUUCAUAUUGAUUUGUUUCUAGUUUUCUGAACAAAUUAGUCUGUAAUUUUUUAUUUUUCUAUUUAUUGCUGACUCCUUUGGAUUUAUGAGUCCAUGUGGGCAGAAUUAUGUAUUUUAUACAUACAAGUUUGGCACAGUAAUAAAUCUCCAAUAUUGAAACUCCACAGAUCCCUCUCAAGUUCAAUAGUUUUCAGUCUUA